GUAAUGAAGACCAGGCUAAAAGAAAGAAGAGCGUGUUGAGAGUUGUUUGUUGUUUAGGGAUGGAGUUGGCAAGCAAAGUCGGAGACGCAGUAAGCAAAGCGCUGAACAGCAACAAAGUGUUGAAUGUAGUGUUAAUGAGUGCAUUUGGAUUGCUAUGUAUGAGAUCAGUGCAGCAACAGAAGAAUAUGGAAGUUCUUGAAGCAGAAAAGGACUCUUUGCUCAAAUCUAAUAAAGCUAUGAAGAAGGCUAUGUGGGAUUGGAAGCAGCAGCUUUUUGCUGAAGCUGAGUUACCCAAUCCACUUAUUCCACUCUCUAAGAUUAAAGCCAUUUAUGGAGAUGUUCAAACCACCACAUCGACUUCUGGCAAUAUAAUCCACAAACACUCAUCUGCAUGCGCGCGUGCACACACAUUGUAUAUUUAUGGAGGGAAGUUGCUACUUACAUUGCUUAUCAUCAAAAACAUGCAGGUGGAGAUGCUCAUAACGGAGAUGGAAAAUCACCUGCAGGAGUAUUUGUUAUCUGAAAGCCAUUGUUGUAGCUUGUUCAUGACGAAGCAAGUUGUUUUCUGGCAAAAUAACAAGCGGCCACUAAGAUCUGUGAAAUAUCAUGCUUCAGUUAGUAGAAUGGGAAGCUGGGGAAAGUGGUGUAAUUCUGAGUUUUCUCUUGGAACUUAGUGAUUUACAAUUGUUUUUUCCCUUCUCCUCUCUCAUGUAGUCCGUUAGGAGGUCGAGAUCCAAGUUUAAUUUGUGGUGACUCUGCACCACUUAUCUACUUUUGUUCCUGGGACUAUGCCAUGAGCUGAGUUUCACUAUCUAUCAACCAAAUAUUUAUGAGUUCAUGCAUUUGGAUGUUUGAUUGA